GACAUCACACAUCAGUACUUCAGUGGUCGAUCACGAUGACACAGGCAGAUUGCCGUCAAAAGGGCAAUCUGCCUCACCUCGGACUUGAAACGUUCAACCUUCGUACCUCAGGAUAUCUCUGUCUGACAAUCAUUAACCCCUGCUGACCGUAGCAGUGGUCUCAUAUUCUUAACAUGAAAUAUACACUGCCUAGCCAUCCGAAACCUUUCCUUCGCAACAUUCAUCCCCAAUCAUAACCUAAGAACGCGUCGCGCGCAGCUCUAAUCUUGGUUUAUCAUUUGCCGCCUUCCAACAUCCAGUUCAUUAGGCUCUUUCUCUCAAGGAUGAUUUCUAGCUUCUAUGCUUCUAUCUUUGGAGUCCCAUAGAGAUAUGGAAGGCCGGUAAACGCACACAUUAGUAAUAAUCAAGAUACAGUUCCUUGGCAAGCGAUUUGCGAUACGGGUUGAGGGUGAGGUUACUAGAGCUUGAGACGUCCAGAAUCCUACUAUUCUACUCAGGAUCCAGAGUGAGAACGACACGGCGAAUGCAUCUUUUUCAGAUAGUUGAUACUGUAGAACUGUGGAGCGAGACCUUAGUCGCUGUCUAUUCAAGGACAAUCGAAUUCCUAGAAAACAUCAAACUCUCGCUUCUAUCUCUGCCAACGUUGAAGGGAACCAUGGAGCUAUCUUGGUUGCAUAUCACGGUCUGUUGUGCUGCGCUACUAACUCUUUACUGGCUGUCUAGGCGAAGGACACGAAGCUCAGGGCUUCCACUUCCACCCGGUCCUCCGGGACUUCCCAUCAUUGGAAACCUCAGAGAUUUCUCUUCGGAUGAAGUUUGGGUGACCUAUAUUCGCUGGGGGAAAGAAUACAAAUCGGAUAUCAUUCGCCUUCACUCGCUCGGAACCAAUUUUAUCAUCAUCAACUCUCUGGAUGCCGCCGUUGACCUCUUCCAUAGAAGAUCCACCCUGUACAAUGAUCGCCCUAGGUAUGCUAUGUUAGGUGAUCUUGUGGGGUUUGGUUGGUUGCUCGACUUAACACCUUAUGGCGACCUCUGGAAGGAUAUGAGAAAAGCUUUCCACAGGGAGAUUGGACCCGUUGGCCUCAAGCGAUUCGCUGAUCUGGAGCUUGCGGCCUCACGGGAACUUCUUAGGAAACUCCGUUUGUCUCCCGAGGCCUUCAUGAGGCAUAUCAGACACACGUCUACGAACCUUAUCAUGCGUAUGGCUUAUGGCAUAGAGAUUCAAGAAGAGAAUGAUACCUACGUCGAUAUCGCUCAGGAGGCGCUGCAGGCUUUCAGUGCUUGCACAAACGCAGGCUCAUUCAUGGUUGAUCUCAUCCCCACAAUGAAGUACAUGCCUGAUUGGUUUCCAGGGGCGGGCUUCAAGGAGCUCGCGAAGGCUUGGCGAGUGCCAGUGACCGCAAUGCUAGACCGCCCGUUCGACUUCGUCAAGAAACAUAUGGAAUUGGGUGACAUAUCUAGCUGUGCCGCGACAUCGUUGCAUGAAAAUAUGAUGAAGAAAGGUGUAGACCCUGCAUAUGCCGAACAUAUCAUCAAGUCGACAUUGGCAUCCAUGUACACCGGUGGAGCUGAUACGACAGUUUCUACGAUUCAGUCCUUCGUUCUGACGAUGGUUCUGUAUCCCGACGUCCAAAAGAAGGCGCAGGAAGAGAUUGACCGCGUUGUCGGUUCGAGUCGUCUACCAGACUUCAGCGAUUAUGACUCGUUACCGUACAUAGAGGCCAUCGUACGAGAAACAAUACGCUUGCACCCCGUAGUACCAAUAGGCGUUCCUCACCGCCUCACGCAAGACGAUGAAUACGGGGGCUAUUUCCUCCCGAAGGGCAGUAUACUGAUUGCGAACAUAUGGGGAAUGCUGCAUGACCCAAUAGUGUAUCCAGAUCCCGAUGUUUUCAAUCCUGACAGGUUUCUAAAGGAUGGGAUGAUAGACCCUUCUGGCCCAGACUCGCAGGUCGCAGGCUUUGGUUUCGGGAGGAGGUUGUGCCCAGGUCGUUACAUGGCGAAAGAAUCAGUCUGGAUCACGGUCGCAUCCCUUCUCGCAACUUACAAGUUCUCAUAUGCGAUCGGGCCUAAUGGCAAACCUGUCAUUCCAAAGGAAGAGUAUUUUCCAGGGUCACUCAGCUAUCCCAAACCGUUUGUGUGUGACAUCCGGCCCCGUUCUGCGGAAGCCGAAGCAUUGAUUAUGGCCUCGUCGAACGAAGAGUAAACUCAUGAACCACUAUGGAAUGCCCAAUUGGCAGUACACCCACACAUUGGACCAUUUAUGUCCUCAACAAUUGAAAUAUUAGCUACGCAGUAUUUCCCGAUUACAAAUCUUAUGGAAGUCUUCAUGCCCUCCCUUGAUGAUGUCUUGGUAUAAUAAAAUAAAUGACAGUGCGAUUGUGAUUGAAGAACGCUCAAGUGCACCAUGCCACUGGUCAUAGAAGUACUAGGCGAGGAAGUAAUAUAACAAGGAUGCGAUCCUACGAUGGACGACCUAUCCACCACAGGAGCUUUUAAUCCACCACCCUCAGGACGGCAAGCAAGCAAAGCUAAACAUCACAUGUCCCAGCUCUCAAAAGCUGGAUCACAACUUCGCCUUCGUCUGAGUAGCAGCCUGGGCCUUUUUCAACUCCCUAGCCUUCUCGCGCAACACCCUCCUCAAAAGCUUCCCACUUGGGUUCCUGGGGAUCGCGUCGAUGAACUCCACUCCGCCUGCGAGCCUCUUGUAAUAGACCUUAUUGUCAGCAACAAACUAUGACAUGAAUUGUCAGUCGAGACAGUUCGAAGGGUGCCAAAAUAAACCAAAAACCUACCUUGACGAUCUCCGCUUUGAUCGUGUCAGCCUCCUCAGGACACUUUUUCACACGAUCCAGAGCUGUUUUGGAAGGUACGACAAAAGCGAGAGGGACUUCGCCACUGUAUUCAUCGGGGAUGGGGACGACGCAUGUAUCGCCGACGAGGGGGUUGGUGAACAGGUGUCCCUCGAGCUCUGCAGGUGCCACUAUGUUCGUAAUCAUUAGUCAGAGACUGUUGGAGGACAUAAAAAUGAAUAAGUCACCUUGAAAUCCUU